AUGCUAAAACUAUUUAAGCCGUCAACUUAUUCGUUUCUUCCAUGGUUCUAUACUCCAGAAGUUCAUGGUCAUCCACCAGCAGUUUUACUCCAUUUAACACAUGAACCUCCACAACCAGAUGACGAAGAAGAGCAACAACAAUCAAACACCAAUUCAUCCAUUGAAGGUUUGGGCACAGAAUCUAAUCCAUUUAUUGUUUAUCGAAAUAAGGAGGAUGCAUCAGAUAUUGGAAACAAAAAACAUAAAUUACGCAAACUCCGUUUUGUUUGCAUGUCUGAUACUCAUAAUCAAAUACAUAAACUGAUUAUUCCCCACGGCGACGUAUUUCUUCAUUGUGGCGAUGCCGUAAAACACCGAACUUCUGCACGAGAUUUAAUUACAUUUAAUACGUUUGUUGGAACAUUGCCUCAUAAACAUAAGAUAUUUAUUUCGGGGAAUCAUUGCACUUGUAUCGAUCCGAAUCAUCCAGAAAGAACACAACAGAUUUUAUCGAAUCUUGUUUAUUUACAAGAUUCGUCAGUUGAUAUUGACGGUGUUAAAAUAUAUGGAAGUCCAUGGAGACCCAAACGCGGUUAUGUUUAUCGUGCAGAAGCAUUUGGAUAUGAUGCGAGCCGAAUUCAGAUCGAUAAAUGGUCACACUUACCAUCAGACGUUGAUAUUUUGAUGACUCAUGGACCGCCGUACUCUAUUAGAGAUUUUAAUCCGAGCAGUGGUAAACGGGUGGGCUGCCCCGGAUUACUAGAAGAAAUCAUAACUCGAGUUAAACCAUCAAUCAGUAUUUUCGGACAUAUGCACGAUUGUCACGGUGCAAGUUUGUAUAGAAGUGCCGACAAUGAAAACUUGAUGCAAUUUUAUCAAGAUAAACAUAAAAACACUGCUACUACUGCUGUUGCAACAACAUCAACAUAUACAACCAACGAUGAAACUGAAAUACUUUUUUUGAAUGCUGCAAUGGUUGGCGGGCACCAUUUGCUACGGAAUCCCAUUGUAUUUGAUUUUUAUUACUAG